AUAGAUAUGAAUUUAUUUUGGAAUCAAUGAAGGCAAAAAUUUGGUCUCAUAUAAAAAAAUUUGUAAAAUUGUGCAGUUAGGAAAUACAUAGACACUUGCGUUUUAUAAAAUUAAUUACGUGGAAACUGGAAAGGGGUUUGUUUGCAGGAGAUUUGUAACUUAAGAACUAAGAAAUUUUCACUUUUCCAUUUCCCUCUUGAUUUCGAUACGGAGGAAAGGGGUUUGUUUGCAGGAGAUUUGGGGGAAGCUGUAAUCAGAUGGAUUCGGGUGCAGGAGAGGGAUCGGAGAUGGACGAUUACGAGUCGUUGAUUGCGACGACCGAUGCGGAGCGACUGAAGCAGGCAUGGCGGAACGAGAAGGCUGCUCCUGAGAUUCUUCAGUUCGAGACCUCUCUGAUUCAAAGAUCCAGAGAACAGAUCCAAUUGAUGGAAGAAACUGUGGAAGAAUAUGCUAAAAAUGGCAUCGAUCCACUCACUGUAUCACUUUACCAGAUGGACUUGGAUAGGACUCUGUUUUUAUUGAGAUCGUAUCUUCGGGUUCGUCUCCAAAAGAUUGAGAAGUACAUGUUCCACAUCCAAAAAACCACUGAGCUCUGGAACCGGCUGUCUAACGAAGAGCAAAAGUUUGCAAAAAGAUGUACUGAGGAUGCAGAGCAGCACUUUGAACAAUCUGUUCUGUCGAAAUUUCCUGAUCGUUACAAAUCCCACUUGAAGCAAUCUGUAAUAAGUGAAGAGGAUGAUAUGGUCCCAGAACCGCAGCUUGAUACGUUUGUUAUCUGCCGAAGCAAGAGUUUUUUAGGAGCUUUCCAGCUUGAUGACAGUGGAGAAGAGAAGCCCGUGGACCUUGAAGCUGAUGAUCUAUAUGCUUUACGUUACAAGUCAAUAAAGCCACUGCUACAAUCUGGGCAAAUUGACCUCGUCUGAGUAUUUAGCAGCAUAUGGCACUGUAUGAGAGAAACUUGUUUUGACACCGGCUCAUGUGCCCGGAGUUGUAAUAUCUAUUCCUUUGUGCUUGUAUGAGCAACAUCAGAUAGUUUCCUAAUAUCUGCUAUGGCAAUAGCCAACAUGGUGCUUUAGACCUAACAGUCUUUUAACAGUUUGAAACCUAAUUCAAUUUAUUUGGGCUCGGCUAUGUAAAUUAUGUUUUGUCAUCCAUUCUUAAUCUAUAUUAGUUUUGGUUUUUCUA